UUGGCUACUUGAUGCUCUCCGGGCUCACGCCUAGGCUAUAUUGAUUUCAUACAAGCCACUUCAGCCCUCACAUGAGCAGCUUGGGCAUACAAACAGACACACAUCUUGGUGACCAGGGGACGCCUCUGGAUAGUUGACACAAAGGUUGAGAAGAAGGCACACCGGUAAGCUCACGUGCCGGUCUGUAUGCCUCUGCGCGCGCCCUGGGAGUUUCCUUCAAUCCGCGGGUGAGGCGUCUUAGGAAGCGCAAGCUCGAGGGGCGCAACUUUUCUUGUUUCUUUGUCUCAAAGGAGCUGCGCCUCGGCGAAACGAAGGGAAUAACUCGACAAUGAAUCGGCCGUGGGGUCAUUCGCAUGGAUUUCUAAUCUACCUGUUCCUGCUGGCUUUAUGGCGUGCAUGUUCUGAGACAGAUGUAUCCGGCUCAGAUGCCUUUAAAAACAACAUUACCCUCUUCACACGGAUCUUGGACCGACUGCUUGAUGGCUACGACAACAGGCUGAGACCUGGUCUUGGAGAUCGAGUGACGGAGGUGAAGACCGAUAUCUAUGUGACCAGUUUUGGACCAGUGUCUGAUACGGACAUGGAAUACACAGUGGAUGUGUUUUUCCGUCAGCGCUGGACAGACGAGCGGCUGAAGUUUAACGGGCCAAUGAACAUCCUGCGUCUCAACAACCUGAUGGCCAGUAAAAUCUGGACUCCAGACACUUUCUUUCACAACGGCAAGAAAUCUGUGGCUCACAACAUGACCAUGCCCAACAAACUACUGAGGAUUAUGGAGAACGGCACUCUGCUGUACACCAUGAGGUUGACUGUUCAAGCUGAAUGUCCAAUGCAUCUAGAGGACUUUCCAAUGGACUUCCAUUCAUGUCCGCUUAAAUUUGGCAGCUAUGCUUACACUCUGACAGAGGUGACAUAUGUUUGGACACGUGAUGCCACUUUAUCGGUGGAAGUAGCUCUGGAUGGAUCUAGGCUUAACCAGUAUGACUUAACGGGACAGACCGUUGGCAAGGAAACCAUCAAGUCCAGUACAGGUGAAUAUACAGUGAUGACUGCCCAUUUCCAUCUGAAGAGGAAGAUUGGGUACUUUGUGAUCCAGACGUACCUGCCUUGCAUAAUGACUGUCAUCUUAUCCCAAGUCUCUUUUUGGCUCAACCGAGAGUCUGUCCCCGCACGCACAGUUUUUGGUGUGACCACGGUGCUAACGAUGACCACUCUGAGCAUCAGCGCUAGAAACUCUUUACCGAAGGUGGCCUACGCCACAGCCAUGGACUGGUUCAUCGCCGUGUGCUACGCGUUUGUUUUCUCUGCUCUCAUCGAGUUUGCCACAGUAAACUACUUCACCAAGCGUGGCUGGGCCUGGGAUGGCAAGAGCAUUGUCAAUGAUAAGAAAAAAGAGACGUCCGUUAUUAAAAAGAAUAACGCAUAUGCAGUCGCUGUGGCAAACUACGCACCCCACAUUGCAAAGGACUCAGCUCUGCCCACUGUCUCGAAGAGCGCCACAGCGGACCACAGUAAAGCCCAGCCAGUGGCUAAAGAAGCACUGAAGACCUUCAACAGCGUCAGCAAGAUUGACCGUAUGUCCCGGAUCAUCUUUCCAGUGCUUUUUGGCAGUUUUAACCUGGUUUACUGGGCCACGUAUCUCAACAGAGAGCCUAGCGGUAAGAACAUGGUGCCCUCUUAGUGAGCCAUUAUCUACUGCACGUACAAUCAUUGCUCUAUACUAUAAAACUAUAAUGUUUUGUACAAGUUCUUCAGUGUACUUUUAACGUGUCUGUAUGGCAGGACAAUGCAUAGAGCAUCUUAUCAUACUUUAACGGGACAAAUUAACUUAUUCCAACAACUUUAUUAUUGUAUGUCGAUUUCUGAGCAUUUAACUGUUCAUUCCUUGCCUUUUUAUGCAGUGAUUACUGGCAUUUUAUUACAGACCUCUGUUUUUUAUUUUAUCUACAUUUGUGUUUCAUGCAUUUAUAAAAUAUCAACCUCCAUUUAAACAAAAGUGUUUAUGUCAGUGUAUCAAUGUACGCCAGGUAUUGUGCAUUAACGACAUGCUGUUUAAAAUGAAAGCGUAUACAUACAUACUAAAUAUGAUAGCUGUGAUGUUUUGUUAUAACUGCACUACAGUAUCUGUAAGACAGAUCACUGCACCUUUAUAUUGACUGAUGUAGCAUUUCGCGUCAAUUUAAUAUAGCACUUUAUUUUCCGAUUGCGUAUUAGUUUUCACGUACGUCACGCAGAUGUGCAUCUAAUUCUCAGCCAUAAGCAAAGCCCCAUCAGUGAAAGCGCACACCCACACAUGGUUUAAAGGUAAAUGAUUCAAUGAGUUUGUUUGAAGCAGCACAGUGCUUCGUAUUGUUGUGGACACUUUGAUCCAUGAGCACCGUCUCAAGUGGAAUUAGCACUGCAUUUGAGUCACUGCCGUCUCUUUGGUUCGCAGUGAAUGGAAAACGCUGCUGAGAUUUUCCCAAAUAGUUUGGGCAGACAUACAUUCGAAAUGAGAGCCACACGUUCGUCUCCUGUGUAUGUUACAUCAAACGGUGACGCUUCUAAGGUUCAGGCCACUGAUAGCCGCAUUAGCUUAAUGUUGCAACAGUGACAUGAUGUUGUUUAUAUGGUAUUUUCAAUAUAUGUCUAUUGUAGCUUCAUGAUUAAUGCAGAUAAUGGUUGUAAUGGGCUUCUCAGUAUGAUAUAUUCGCCUAAUGACGCUAUGAAAAUGGGAAUCAAAAUAUACUGUUCGCUCAAUACAUCAUCUGUCAAACAUUUUCCGAAUUUUCAUUACUAACAUCAACAAUCCUGACAAGUGUAAACGCUUGAAUGAACUACUGUGGGCUUACUUUUAACAGCUUUUCAAUUUGCCACACUGUUCUCAGUUUUCUGCCUGGGCAAAAAGACAGCUCCCCUGUUGACUGAAAUAAAGUGUUGUCAAAGCCA